GUUUGACAGCUCGCCCGACAUAGAGCAGUUUGCACGUUCUCUGUUUCCGGCAUCUUGUGCUCUUGCUCGUACCGCAUUUCGUUCUACUGCUUUGCAAAAAGUGGUGAAUUAAAAUUGUAACAACACAAUACCAAACAAACAAGCACCUGCAAGACAAUGCCAGAAUUGACUGAAAUCACGGAAUCUGCGGCCGCCGCCGUCCCGAGCACCUCCGCCGACAACACAGAGGCCAAGCUGGAGGACGCCCCGAGCGACACCGAGUCCGAGGACACAAUCCCAGAGCUGGAGGAUGCAGGAACUGGCGCCGCCCAGCUGUCCGCCGGCGGCAUGCCCGACCUCGUCUCCAAGGCCAAGCAGUCCCGUGGCGAGAAGAAGGCUCGCAAGAUCAUGUCCAAGCUCGGCCUGAAGCCGGUGCAGGGCGUGAACCGGGUCACCAUCCGCAAGUCAAAGAACAUCCUGUUUGUGAUAAACAACCCGGACGUGUACAAGAACCCCCACAGCGACACCUACAUCAUCUUCGGUGAGGCCAAGAUCGAGGAUCUGUCGCAGCAGGCCCAGGUCGCCGCCGCCGAGAAGUUCAAGGCCCCGGAAGCGGCCCCCACGGCUGGGGAAACGUCUGGCGCCACCACCUCCGUCGCACCGAUCGCCGAAGAGGACGAGGAGGAGGUCGACGAAUCCGGACUCAACGAGAAGGACAUCGAACUGGUCAUGCAGAACGCACAAGUACCCCGCGCCAAGGCCAUCCGGGCACUCAAGGAGAACGCCUUCGACGUCGUCAACGCGAUCAUGGAGCUCACGAUGUAAGGAGCGCGCCACCCCCAAACUGGUGGUUGCCUUCUUUCGUCACCGUGGUCGCGGCGUCACACGUUUCCCCUCCUUCUCUCCUGCUACCCCUCGGGAAAUUACACACAUCCAUUUUUGCUUUCUUAGUAGUAAAACAAAAACAAUAUAAUAUACAGACAUGGUGAAAAAACAUCGCGUUUUGUUCUUACACACUCGAACGAACAACGAUUUGAGCAGGAAAUGACGCUGGUCUGUCUGGGUUGGAAUACUUUACUCUUUAUUUUUUACAACUGCCUAAGUUCUACUCCGCUAUCAACACUACAAACACUCACAUGUACGGAUACUAAAGCUAAACAUGUUUAAACCAAAAAAAAAAUCUUCAAAAAAAUAAUAAAAUGUCGAAAUUGGAGAAA